CAUAAGUAUGGUGAUUUGUAGGAAACAUCAGAACUUCACAAGUUGAAAGCAGACCACCAUCUUGAAGCAGCACGGGAGAAUAAAACGACUUGAUCGAAAAUUUUGAAUUUAAAAUGCAGCUCAACAGCCUCUUCGCAAUGGUAGCGGCCACAGCGUUCGCUCACACCACCCUUGCAGCUAUGUACGAGAACUGUAAAUGUCAAGAUGGCAGCGUGCAAUGGGACGAUAUCACUGAAGCCGCUUGCUUGAAGUAUUUCCAAGCCGACCAUCUCCUCCCGAACUCUAAAAGCCGCUGCGGCGAAUUCUAUCCUUACUAUGCAGGAGACCGAUCGCAUCAGUGCAAUGCAUGGUCAGCAUGUAUUGAUGAAGAUGACUUCUCGGCCUUUUGCACAGAAGCGGCCAGGGAGCUCGGUAACCCUUGGCAUGGUACUUUCUGUUGGAAUUAGAGGUGUUAUGGGGGUUUUCACUUUGGCGCUGAUCAUGGCAGGGAGGAUUCAAAAUGUGUAUGAAAGUCGAGUACCCAGGCUAUCAAAGGCAGAGGUUGAAUACAACAAUCAUG